AGUCACGCCUGCGCAGUUGGGCCGGGAGGCCGGAGAACAAGGGAAGGGGCCCCUUCCGCGCAUGCGCACCGGGGGGAGGCGGACUCGCUGGCUCCUGCGCUGCUGGGGGGCGACGGAGGGCUGCCGCCAAGAGGAGUUCCCUGGAGCCCCAGCAUGGCCGAGAAGAGGCGCCUGGCUUUCUCUAUCAUCCAAUUCCUCCAGGACCAGCUGCAUCAUGGCGGACUCUCACCUGACGCCCAGGAGAGCCUGGAAGUUGCCAUCCAGUGCCUCGAGACAGCCUUUGGUGUCUCCACGGACGACCGCAGCCUUGCCUUGUCCCAGACCCUGCCGGAGAUUUUCGAAGCUGCUGCAGCAAAAGAGCCGCAGCCAAGCCCACCCCCCUCAGAGCCAGUCACCCCCUCAGAAGAAGAGGCCGCAGAGGCAGAAAGGCUGAAGGCCGAAGGAAAUGAGCAGAUGAAGGCGGAAAACUUUGAAAGUGCCGUCUCCUUCUAUGGGAAAGCCAUUGAGCUGAAUCCGUCCAAUGCAGUUUACUAUUGCAAUCGGGCUGCCGCUUACAGCAAGCUGGGGAACUACACCGGGGCCGUCCGGGAUUGCGAACGAGCCAUCCACAUCGACCCCAAAUACAGCAAGGCCUAUGGCAGGAUGGGCUUAGCCCUGUCGAGCCUGAACAAACUCUCGGACGCCAUUGUCUACUACAGAAAAGCUCUGGAGCUCGACCCGGAUAACGAGACGUACAAGUCCAACCUCAAAGUCACGGAGCAGAAAAUGAAGGAGGCUCCAAGCCCGACAGGGGGUGCUGGAGGCUUCGACUUAGCUGGCUUGCUCAACAACCCCGGGUUCAUGAGCAUGGCAUCGAACCUGAUGAACAAUCCGCAGGUACAGCAAUUGAUGUCUGGGAUGAUCUCGGGUGGCACCAACCCCAUGGCAGCGCCAGGAGCGAGCGCGUCCCCCAAUGACCUCGCCAGCCUUAUCCAAGCGGGCCAGCAAUUUGCGCAGCAGAUGCAGCAGCAGAACCCGGAGCUCAUAGAGCAGUUGCGCAGCCAGAUCCGCAGCCGGACGCCCAGCGCCAGCAACGAGGAGCAGCAGGAAUGAGGCAGG